CAUUCCUGGUCCUAAAGCUCUUCUCCAUAUUAGGCAAAGGGGUUUUAUUUAUAAGGAGAAGUCACAGAGGAGCCCCCAACAUGUCACCAUUCUGUCUCAAGGGCCUUUUUCACAUCAGUCCUCCAAGAAGUUGAUAAGCUGACCAGGUGAAAGAUGGGUGACGCUGCCAUGAAAGAAUUUGGGGCAGCAGCUCCAUACCUGAGGAAGUCAGACAGGGAGCGUCUGGAGGCCCAGACCCGUCCGUUUGACAUGAAGAAGCAGUGUUUUGUUCCCGACCCUGACGAGGAGUACGUAAAAGCUUCAGUUAUAAGUCGUGAGGGUGACAAAGUCACUGCUCAGACAGAAAAGGGGAAGACGGUCACCGUGAAGGAGUGUGAUAUUCACCCCCAGAACCCACCUAAGUUUGAUAAAAUUGAAGACAUGGCGAUGUUCACCUUCCUCCAUGAGCCAGCUGUGCUGUUUAACCUCAAAGAGCGUUACGCAGCAUGGAUGAUCUAUACCUACUCUGGGCUGUUCUGUGUGACUGUCAACCCCUACAAGUGGCUGCCAGUCUACAACCAGGAGGUGGUCGUUGCCUACAGAGGAAAGAAGAGGAGCGAAGCUCCUCCUCACAUCUUCUCCAUCUCUGAUAAUGCCUAUCAGUACAUGCUAACGGACAGAGAAAAUCAGUCCAUUCUCAUCACUGGAGAAUCUGGUGCUGGGAAAACUGUCAACACCAAGAGAGUCAUUCAGUACUUUGCCAGCAUUGCAGCUGGAGGUGGGAAAAAAGAAGCCAGCUCUGAGAAAAAGGGUACUCUGGAGGAUCAAAUCAUCCAGUGCAACCCGGCGUUAGAAGCAUUUGGGAACGCAAAGACCAUCAGGAAUGAUAACUCUUCCAGAUUUGGAAAAUUUAUCCGUAUUCAUUUUGCUGCCAGUGGAAAGCUGGCCUCAGCUGAUAUUGAGACAUAUCUGCUGGAAAAGUCUAGAGUUACCUUUCAGCUCAAAGCUGAGAGAGAUUAUCACAUCUUCUAUCAGAUACUGUCUCAGAGGAAACCUGAGCUGCUUGAAAUGUUGCUCAUUACCAGCAACCCGUAUGACUACGCCUUCAUCUCCCAAGGAGAGACAACAGUGGCCUCCAUAAAUGAUGCCGAAGAGCUGAUAGCUACUGAUGAGGCCUUUGAUGUGUUGGGCUUUACCCAAGAGGAAAAAAAUGGUAUUUACAAACUGACCGGUGCCAUCAUGCACUUUGGUAACAUGAAGUAUAAGAACAAGCAGCGUGAAGAGCAGGCAGAGGCCGAUGGCACUGAAGAUGCUGACAAAGCAGCUUAUCUGAUGGGCCUGAACUCUGCUGACCUCAUCAAAGGUCUCUGUCAUCCAAGAGUCAAAGUAGGAAAUGAGUGGGUCACUAAAGGGCAAAAUGUUCAACAGGUGUACUAUGCUAUUGGGGCUUUGGCUAAGUCUGUGUAUGAGAAAAUGUUUCUGUGGAUGGUGGUGAGGAUAAACCAUUCCCUGGACACCAGGCAGCCUCGACAGUACUUCAUAGGAGUGCUGGAUAUUGCUGGAUUUGAGAUCUUUGAUUUCAACACCUUCGAGCAGCUGUGCAUCAACUUCACCAAUGAAAAACUGCAACAGUUUUUCAACCACCACAUGUUUGUGUUGGAGCAGGAAGAGUACAAGAAAGAGGGGAUUGAAUGGACUUUUAUUGACUUUGGUAUGGAUCUACAGGCCUGUAUUGACCUGAUUGAAAAGCCCAUGGGUAUCAUGUCCAUCCUUGAAGAGGAGUGCAUGUUUCCCAAAGCCUCUGAUGCUACGUUUAAAGCUAAGCUUUAUGACAAUCAUCUGGGGAAAUCCAACAACUUCCAGAAACCCAGGAUUGUUAAAGGAAAACCAGAGGCCCAUUUUGCCCUGGUUCAUUAUGCUGGGACUGUUGACUAUAAUAUCAACAACUGGUUGGUGAAGAACAAGGACCCUCUGAAUGAGACUGUAGUUGGGCUGUACCAGAAGUCUACACUCAAACUGUUGGCGAUGCUGUUUGCAAAUUAUGCAGGCUCUGAUUCAACUGAUAGUGGAAAGGGUGGCAAGGGUGGAGGAAGCAAGAAGAAGGGAUCCUCCUUUCAAACUGUAUCUGCCCUUCACAGGGAAAACCUGAAUAAAUUGAUGACCAACCUGAGGUCUACCCACCCUCACUUCGUGCGCUGCAUCAUCCCCAAUGAGACCAAGACUCCUGGGGCCAUGGAGAACCCUCUGGUGAUGCACCAGCUGCGCUGUAACGGUGUGCUGGAAGGCAUCAGGAUCUGCAGGAAAGGCUUCCCCAACAGGAUCCUCUAUGGAGACUUCAAGCAGAGGUAUCGAAUCUUGAAUCCUGCUGCCAUCCCUGAGGGACAGUUCAUUGACAGCCGAAAGGGAGCUGAAAAACUUCUUGGAUCUCUUGAUAUUGACCAUAACCAGUACAAGUUUGGGCACACUAAGGUGUUCUUUAAAGCUGGUCUUCUUGGUCAGCUGGAGGAGAUGAGGGACGACCGUUUGUCCCUCAUAAUCACUGGAAUCCAAGCCAGAUCCAGAGGUUUACUUGCAAGGUUGGAAUUCCAGAAGAUUGUUGAAAGGAGGGAUGCACUACAUGUGAUCCAGUGGAACAUCCGAGCCUUCAUGGGGGUCAAGAAUUGGCCCUGGAUGAAGUUGUACUUCAAGAUCAAACCUCUCCUGAAAUCUGCUGAAGCAGAAAAGGAGAUGGCCAACAUGAAGGAGGAGUUCCUGAAGCUGAAGGAGGCUUAUGCAAAAUCUGAAGCACGCAGGAAAGAGCUGGAGGAGAAAACUGUCUCUCUUCUCCAAGAGAAAAAUGACCUGCAGCUCCAAGUCCAGGCUGAGCAAGAUAAUCUUGCUGAUGCAGAGGAGAGAUGUGAGGGACUGAUCAAACAUAAAAUUCAAAUGGAAGCAAAAGCCAAAGAGCUUUCUGAGAGACUGGAGGACGAAGAGGAAAUCAAUGCAGAACUGACUGCAAAGAAGAGGAAGCUGGAGGAUGAGUGCUCUGAGUUAAAGAAGGAUAUUGAUGACUUGGAGCUAACUUUGGCCAAAGUGGAGAAAGAGAAGCAUGCAACUGAAAACAAGGUUAAAAACCUGGUUGAAGAGAUGGCUGCUUUGGAUGAAAUCAUCGCCAAGCUGACCAAGGAAAAGAAAGCUUUACAGGAAGCUCAUCAACAAACUCUGGAUGACCUGCAGAGUGAAGAAGACAAAGUCAACACUCUGACCAAGGCCAAGGCGAAGCUGGAGCAGCAAGUUGAUGAUCUUGAAGGUUCCCUGGAGCAAGAAAAGAAGAUCAGGCUGGACCUUGAGAGAGUAAAAAGGAAGCUGGAGGGAGACUUAAAGUUGACCCAUGAAAGUCUGAUGGAUGUUGAGAAUGACAAGCAACAACUUGAAGAGCAUCUCAAGAAGAAAGACUUUGAACUAAAUCAGCUAAAUAACAAAAUCGAGGAUGAGCAAGCCAUUGCAAUUCAGCUUCAGAAGAAACUAAAGGAGCUUCAGGCCCGCAUAGAAGAGCUGGAGGAAGAGCUUGAAGCAGAACGAGCUGCUCGAGCCAAGGUGGAGAAGCAGAGAGCAGACUUGGCCAGAGAGUUGGAGGGUUCCUCUCUGGAGAAGACCAAACACAGGCUGCAGAAUGAGAUUGAAGAUCUCAUGGUGGAUGUGGAGAGGUCUAAUGCUGCUGCUGCUGCUCUGGACAAGAAGCAAAGGAACUUUGACAAAGUCUUGUCUGAGUGGAAGCAGAAAUAUGAAGAGUCACAGUGUGAGCUAGAAAGCUCCCAGAAGGAAGCAAGAGCUCUGAGCACUGAGCUCUUCAAACUUAAAAACUGCUAUGAAGAAUCUCUAGACCAUUUGGAGACAAUGAAAAGAGAGAACAAGAAUCUUCAGGAGGAAAUUUCUGACCUCACUGAGCAACUUGGUGAGAGUGGAAAAAAUAUCCAUGAACUGGAGAAGCUACGAAAACAACUGGAGCAAGAGAAGAAUGAGAUACAGUCUGCUCUCGAGGAAGCAGAGGCCUCUCUUGAGCAUGAGGAAGGGAAGAUUCUGAGAGUCCAGCUCGAACUGAACCAAAUCAAAGCUGAUUUUGAACGUAAGCUGGCUGAAAAAGAUGAAGAGAUGGAACAAGUAAAGAGAAACCAACAGCGAAUGGUGGAUACUCUUCAGAGCUCCCUUGAGUCUGAAACCCGCAGCAGGAAUGAAGCGCUUCGAUUGAAGAAGAAAAUGGAGGGAGACCUCAACGAGAUGGAGAUCCAGCUGAGCCAAGCCAACCGGCAGGCAGCUGAGGCCCAGAAACAACUCAAGUCUGUUCACUCACAUCUAAAGGAUGCUCAACUUCAACUUGAUGACUCUCUCAGAGCCAAUGAUGAUAUGAAGGAAAACAUUGCCAUAGUUGAGAGACGCAACAACCUACUUCAGGCUGAACUGGAGGAACUGAGGGCUGCUCUGGAGCAAACUGAACGGAGCCGUAAACUGGCUGAGCAAGAGCUGCUGGAUGUUAGCGAGAGGGUGCAGCUACUGCAUUCACAGAAUACCAGCCUGAUAAACCAGAAGAAGAAGCUGGAAGGUGACACGGUCCACCUUCAGACUGAAGUGGAGGAGGCUGUUCAGGAAUGCAGAAAUGCUGAAGAGAAGGCCAAGAAAGCCAUCACUGAUGCUGCCAUGAUGGCAGAGGAGCUGAAGAAAGAGCAGGACACCAGCGCUCACCUGGAGCGUAUGAAGAAGAACAUGGAGCAAACCAUCAAAGAUCUGCAGCACCGUUUGGAUGAGGCUGAGCAGAUCGCCAUGAAGGGAGGCAAGAAGCAGGUCCAGAAGCUGGAGGCCAGGGUGAGGGAGCUUGAGAAUGAAGUGGAGUCAGAGCAGAAGAAGAGUGGAGAAGCAGUAAAGGGAAUGCGCAAAUAUGAAAGACGCAUCAAGGAACUCACAUAUCAGACUGAGGAGGACAGAAAGAAUGUUGCACGCCUGCAGGAUCUGGUUGACAAACUGCAGCUCAAAGUGAAGGCAUAUAAGAGAGCUGCUGAGGAAGCUGAGGAGCAAGCAAACACUCAUAUGAGUAAAUUCCGCAAGUUGCAACAUGAGCUUGAUGAGGCCGAAGAGAGAGCUGACAUUGCUGAGUCUCAGGUCAACAAGCUUCGUGCCAAGAGCCGCGAUGUGGGGUCAAAGAAAGGGCUAGAUGGGGAGUGAAACAGUGAUGGCCACCUAAGACCUUUGGGAUCUUCUGUGAUGUAGUCCCCUUUGUCUGCAAUGUAACUCUGUAGAAUAAAGCAAAAUGCAUUCAAAUUAA